UUACAGUAAGGUAGUAAGGAACACUUACUUGUUGUAUAUAAAAAAGUAACUAGGAAUGUAUUCAAAUAACACUCUAUUUAUAGAAUUUUGAUUUCAGUCGAAAAUCUGAACUUGGACUCUUAGUGUUUGGUUUCCUUUUAGUGUAUGGACGCUGUUGUGUAUAAAAUAUGAAAAACACGACAUGGGGAUAAUUCAAAAAUUGUACUCACAAAUAACUGAUGAUAUAUUAUGUUCAUGCACGGUUACACCAGAAAACAACAUGUAAAUGAUCCCUGUAUAAGGCGCCGUUAGGCAGAUGAGUGUAUCUCUAUCCAGCUGAAUCGGCAGAUGAUGCAUAAUUUGACUUGUUGUUCUAGUAUCAUCCUUUAAAUGUAAUCAAUAUAAAUUAGUUUACAUUAAGUAUUUACGUAGGUUAUUAUGGUAAUGUCAAACAGAUGUUGCAUGGACAUUUUUCAAAUUACCCCAUAUUUGCAUACUUACCCUCCAUUGAUUUGUAUUUUACAUUUGUGGCAUUAUCCUGUUACAGUGUGGCGAAAUCGGUGAAACACAACGCUAAUAAAACAUCUGCUGUGUUUUAAAAGAAAUGGAAGUCUCCAAAAUCACUGUUAUAUUGGCUCUUACUGCUUUGAGUUUGGCUGCCCCAAAUUCUCUGGGAACGUUGAACACUGAAAUAUCGGUUCGUCAGACCACCAUCACAGAAUGCAACUCGUACGCCAUGUUGACAGAGAGAAUAAGCGAUGCGAUGGUAGACACUAUAUCCGACAUUGCAUCCCGACUUUAUAAACCAAAGCGAGUCUUGAAAGCUGCCCUUGUACGAGUUGUAGAGGAAUCUUGUCAAGUUCUUGCAACAAAGGCAAAGCAGAUAAAGAAAGACAUUCGUUCUGAGUGUGCUAAUAACGAAAUAAAUAUGGCUGCUAUGCAUGUAUUUGGUGGACUUUGCACAGAUAAAGGAGGAUUCACACCACUAGCUGAUGACCUGCUUGCUGGCUACAAGUACGUGGUUAGUGCCUGUAUUCCUUCGAUGCAUCCAAUUCUGCACGGCUGUCCUAUAGAGGAAAUCCCUGAAGACAUCGGGGUGGCGGAAGGGCACAGCGAAUACAGAAGAAUCAUGCUAAAACAUUUGAAAUGUGUAUUUACGGGGAUAGAUGACAGCGACGGCAUGCCAUUGUGUGGCGACACGCCUAGUCUGAAGAGAAUGGCCGUCUUGUUUGAACUCCUAACGUAUCCCGGCCCUGGAGUUGCUUUCACCAUGGCAAACUUUGGACUGUAGCACAUAGAAAAGAGAAUCAGAUGGAGAGGAAUCGCUUUCCGCAUCAUACUUACGUUACAAGAGCAUAGAUGAACAUCUUUUAAAACAAUAAUCUUUUGUUCCUUUUAAUAGACAUUUAUCUUAUUUUUGCCGUUGAGAUUGAGACAGAAAAGAAAUAACCCAAAGGGUAAUUUGUCAUAUUCUUAAAUAUCUAGCCCGAGAGUUAACCGGAGAAAGACAUUUGAGAAUUUUAUCUCGAAAGUUGAAUUCGUUCUCUCUUUCUCCGAAAGUGGUGAAUGAUUAUUUCUUUCUCCCAUCUCAAACGCAAAUGGUAAUUUCAUGCAAAAGCUAACGUUGCUUGUAAAAUUUCGAGCACAUCGGAGUUCUCUUCCGUGAUACCAUCUUUGACGUGACGUCAUUACAAUCAUUAUGACAUUAGAACCCGGUUGCCUUUACCCUUGGGUAAAACUAUAAGAAAAUCCCCCAUACCCCGGGGUAGGGAACUUCAAACCUUGGGAAUUUCAAAUAAGCGCAAAAUUUCUGACGGGAAAGGAAAUGACUUCUACACCGGGAUAGCUCUGUCUUAUACCAACAAGAAACGAGAGAGAGAAAUCUUUUUCCCUGACCGGAAGUGUGGUUAUGUCUGAUGGCGAGAAAUUGUAUUCUGUCAACGUAAAACACUGAAACAGAUAGCAAACGUGACAGAUCUGUCAAUGUAUGUUUAAAUAAACCACUUUUGAGAUUAACCAACCACAGCGGUACUUUCUAUUCACUUCAUCCUAAGAUGCAGAUUUUUUUAUUCAAAUGCAGAUGAAAUGACGGUAGAAUAAACGGUUGUUUUAACAUACUUCAAAAUGGUGCACUUGCUUAUAGUUUGUAGUCAAGCCUGACGACAUUCGAAUAUGACACGAAAGGUUACGCUUCUAAUUCCCGCAUUGUAGCGUAAUUUCCGCCUUUUAAGUACUUACAGAAUGGGAAACAUACUGAUAUUUUUUACUUGUGCUUUGCACUCGUGAAAAAAUAUCGCCUUUCGACAAUACUAGCGAAAUAUAUGGCAUUUAAUGGGAAAUCAUCAAACACUGUUUAUAAUAUAUCGUAGGCUGGUGUCAUGGUAAUCUGAAAUUCUCCAUUUUAAUGUCUAACAGAAUAUUGAUCCAGACAUUUUUUUAAAAUUAACUAGCUCGUUCUGAUUGAUUGAAACACAUACAUUUGGCAUCUGGUGGAGUAAAGAUAAGUUAGUCACAAAAUGUCAGUUUCAAUUAUUAAACAGGAAAAAAGAUAAUACUGUACAUGAAACCUUUUAACGCUGUAGUGAUUAUCUCUAUCAAGUCUCGGGAACCUCUGUAUCUUUGAAUAUCAAUGAUGAGUAUUGUUUGUUUGUGAUGAAACGUCCUCCAAACAGCCGAAGUCAUAUGAAAACAGGUACCUAGCUAUAUACAGACACUCCGAAUCGAAGUGCAAGGAAGUGAGAAAAAUUAAAGAUAAAAUCCAAAGUGCUGUAAUAAGUGCAGCAGAUCAGUUUCGGUUUUUUAUGCCCUCUAAACAGUGGACAAAAAGACCCCGAUUCUGCAGCUGUCCAACAUUUCUCGCCUCUUCAGAUAACAUGCAGUGAGAUGGACUACUAUCUCCCUACAAUGGGGUCUGUGGAACUUCUACAUGUAGUUAUUAUUUAUUUUAAACCUUAAUCAUAGUACAAUAUAUGCAAUAUCGAUAGAAAAGGCUCAUUGCAUCGAAAACUAAAAUAAGAUUAGUAAAACAAACUGCCGAGACCCAUUGUGUAUAAAUCGUUUUAAUGCCAGUUGAUUCAAUUCCUUACAUCAAUUAAUACAUAUGCAAAAACUAGCAUAAAAGACUGUACAUAAGUACACUUAAUGAUUCAUGCAAAGACGAUGUAAGAAAAUUUGUAUAUUUAUUGCGUAAUUCAACUCUUUCAAAAUGUGAUCGUGUGUAGAAACAUAUAGUAAUAUUGGUGGGAAGGCCAUGCUUUUGUGAUAAAUAUCCACUGAUAAUAAGUACAUUUUCAAAUUUUACAUAGCAGUUUACUAGAGUUUUCAAAAUGGUCCUGCACAUACUGAGAAUAGGUUUGAACAUUUCUUUUCUUACAAGAAGGAAAGUUGAACUUCGAUAUAAUAUGUAUAUCUGAAAUUAUAAUACACAUUUAAAUUUUGCAUGCAAUAUGUUUAAAUAUAUUCAUUAAAGAUGUUUUCUUUCAAAAAUACACCCUUUAUGCAACGUCGAUAGUUAUUUCACUUAAUCUAUAACCAUCCCAUAAACUAUGUUUGGAUUGUAUCAGACAACAGUUGUACAGCAAUCACAAAUAUAUGAUGUUUCCAAACAAAAACAAUCAAUAAUAUUACCAAACACGGUAUAUAAUUACGUCCACUAAUUGGAAUGUAUCAAUCAAUUUGGCACUCUGUAUUCGCAUAUUAGAUACGCUCACAUAUAUACCGAGACUAGAAAUGAACCAUGAAAUAUGAAUUUUGUCCUUAUGGUCUUUCUGUCCGAAUCGAAGUAUUGGGCCAAAAAAGCAAUCUAUUUGGAAUGGCACAGAAAGGAAGUCAUCUCGAUGAACAGCUGAGGGCAAGAUAUGAAUCGAGAUGAGGGGGUUCAUAGAUUCUAGAAGAUCUAUAAUAAACAAAAUGUAGCCCAGUCAAUUUAUUAAUCGAUCAGUCAUUUCGCACACGUAUAAAGAUAUAGUGUACAUACGCUUAUAGCAUAGAUGAGUCAACAUCAUUUUUAUAUUGCAAACUUGUACAUAUUCGAAUAUCACACACAUACAUUUUUUUAGCUUCGUGAAACUUUUUUAAAUUUAAGUUACUAACUAUAUUACUUUUUGACAAUUUUGACCACAAUAUAGCUGAUCUAAGUCAACAAACAAUCACAGGCGACAUGGCAUAAGCUCUCUCAGUGUCAUGCAGGUGAGGUCAGAACUUGAAUCAACAAGAUUUUCUUGUUGAUUAAAGAAAACCUGUUGAAAAUGGGUUGACGAGUCUAUAGACAGGUGGUAAUUAAUGAUGUUGACUAGACUAGUAACAAAAUCAUCUAUAUAUAAAAUAUUGUUACAGAGUAUGCGACACAAUGAUGAAGACAACAUUAUCAGUAACAUAAACAUUUACGCAAGAAUCAUAAAAUAUUGAUGAAUAAGAAAGUAAAUUGUAUGUCAUGAAAUUUAGCUACCCCAAAAAUGUAUUUAAGAUAAAAAGAUAUGUUGCUUUAAACGUUUGUUAUGUCAUGGACAUAAUUCAAGAUGUAUGUAUUUAUGAAAUUUAUGCCCGAGGCUAAUGAUGCAGAUGUAUAGAAAUGGAGCUAAACCCAAUACUGCUUUUAUGGAAACAAAGGUCAAUGUAAAGUCUUAAAGAAAUGGAGCUAAAUGCAAAUACUAGCUUACAAAUAGAGCUAAACAUUAGUAUAUAUAUUCCUAUGAGUGAAAUGUCACAUGAAGGUGUAUUACAUUCCGCAAAAAGUACCUGCAUAUAAAGAUUGUUGACUAUGGGACCUUUAGUAUCAGAGGAAUGGAACUAAAAGAAAAGUCUAAGCACACAAAUGGAGCUGAAUUAAAGUCUGACCAAUGUCAGUGAAACAGAAAAUAGAGGUCACAGAAACUUGCUGCAAUGUAUCAGCUUUAUGUGUUGUAUUCCUUUAGAUAUAUUUGAUGAAUCUGAGACUUGCAGAUGUAGAGAAAUGGCGCUAAACCCAAAGUGUAAAUAAGAUACGGAUGGACAGACUGUUUGAUAAAACAAACACGAAUUGGAUAAAAAGUAUUGGCAACAUUUGGCUAAUGAAACACUAGAACUUCAAAAUUAGAUGUUCUUAGAUAACCUAUCUUAAGAUAUAAUGGGAGGACAUAGAAAAGAAACCU